UAUGAUGACGAACCUCACCUUAUUAUUAGUACACUCACUAUCUACCUAGUAUCUGUAAGGUUAAGUGCCAAUCUGACAAGGCGCGAUGAUUGUCCUUUCAAAAUAUUUGGUGGGCGGAUUUAGAUUGGUCCGAGAGCCGCUGAACCUAAAAUUCCCAAAAUUUAUCGAUAGCUCUAAGAACAUUUCUGAGCCUUUGGAGACUAAACCAACCUCAAUCAUACAAUAGACGACCAUAGCCAGCCGCUUCAGUUGUCUCCCCGACCCCUCCUUUAAUAUUAUACAAAAUUUGGGCGAAAUGGUUCAAACUUCCACAAUUGUCGCUGCCAGUGUUGGCACAGUUGCUACAGGAUUGGUCGGUUCGUGAUUUCUAUUCUUGAUUAGAAUUUCGAAGUCUGCUAACGAACUUUUUGAUAGCCUACGCAAUUUAUUUCGAUCAUAAGAGACGCACCGAUCCAAACUUCCGCAAACAAUUGAAGAAAGAAUCGAAACGACAAGCAAAAGCUGCGAAGGAGGAAGCGGAAGCUCACAAUGAGAGACAAAAAGAAGUUAUCAAGGCAGUAGUUCUAGAAGCCAAGGAGGAUGGAUUCCCAGUAGACGUAGAGGAGAAAGAGGCAUAUUUCAUGUCAGAAGUUGCCAGGGGUGAAGAUUUAAGCUCAAAUGGUGAGUUAUUUCUGGAGAAGAUUUAAUCCAGAAUCUAAUACUUGAGUAUAGGUGGCGACCCAGUAGAAGCAGCACUCUGUUUUUACAAGGCACUUAAAGUUUACCCUCAGCCAAAUGAUUUGAUAUCUAUUUAUGACAAGACGGUGCCAAAGGUAGCUCCUCGGAUCCUGUUUCAUUGACAGAAAGACUGACAAAACUUCUAGCCUGUCCUCGAUAUUCUUGCAGAAAUGAUCGCAGCCGAUGCAGCUUUAGACGUUGGACCAUUUGGUGGCAGCCAUUCUGAUAGUGGUAUACCCAAUGUCGGCCUUGAUUAGUCUGGCUGUUUUUUUAAUAUACAUGUAUUCUGAACACCUCCGCUCUUCAUCAUGACCCAACCUUUUUACCGAAUUUCACGAACCGCAACUGGAUAAUAUCGAAACCCCAAGGUGGACUGUGUAAUAGUCCAAUGUAUAUCAAUCGGCAUGCUUGGCGUCGGCAGGUUUCUCGCAUUACGCUUUACGUCUAAUUUGUACAUAGUAUCCAUACUGUCAAUAUGCGCGCUGGUUGUUAUUUACAACGCUGCAAAGAGCCGUAUGUAAUGCAAAUCAGGCCAGCCAGAUUCAUUGUAUACCCUGGCAACCUGCAGGCCGCUUGUUUUACAUUCCCCGCAUUCAAUGCUAUUUGGCGUGAAAAGUGUCAGAUAGUGAGCAUACCACUACCCUAAAGUGAAGAUUGAUCGAACGGUAUUCAAACAAUUAGGACUCAUUGGGAGGUUGAUAACUCAAGCGUGUUCGGAAUAGAGUCACCACCCUAACCAUAUGGCACCAAACCUUCAACGCGUGUAUGAUGGAAAUGUGACAGGAAGAUUGUAAUAGAAUUCAUAUCAUGUC